AUGGCUCGAUACGUUGUCGCGGAGAGCGCGGGCGGCCAGGCCCCCAAGAGACAGCUCCGCAAGUGGUGGAAAGAAAGCUCCGUAUACCAAGUCUACCCAGCGUCCUUCCAGGACUCGACCGGCUCGGGCGUGGGCGACCUCAAGGGAAUCAUCGACCGCGUCGACCACUUCAAGUCCCUCGGCGUCGACAUUGUGUGGUUAUGCCCCAUCUUUGAGAGUCCCCAGAUCGACAUGGGCUACGACAUUAGCAAUUACAAAAAGAUCCACGAGCCCUACGGCACCGUCGCCGACGUCGAUGCCCUCAAGGACAAGCUCCACGAGCGCGGCAUGAAGCUUGUCCUCGACCUCGUUGUCAACCACACCAGUGACCAGCACGAGUGGUUCAAGCAGUCGCGCAGCUCCAAAGACAGCCCCUACCGCGACUGGUACAUCUGGCGCAAGCCAAAGUACGAUGCUCAGGGCAACCGCCAGCCUCCCAACAACUGGGCCUCCCAUUUCCAGGGCAGCGCGUGGGAAUACGACGAAGCAACAGACGAAUACUACCUCCGCCUCUUUGCGCGCGAACAACCCGACCUUAACUGGGAAAACCCCAAAGUCCGCGACGCCGUCCACGACAUCAUGCGCUUCUGGCUCGACAAGGGCGCCGACGGCUUCCGCCUCGACGUCAUCAACUUUGUCAGCAAGCCCCAGGACUUCCCCGAUUCCAAGCAGGAGGUCCUCCCGGGUUCCGAGCUCUACUCGGCUGGGCCUCGUCUGCACGAGUACCUCAAGGAGCUGGGCGCCAUCCUGCACGAGUACGACGCCUUUAGCGUGGGCGAGAUGCCCUGCGUCAGGGAUCUGAACGAGGUCAUUAAGAGCGUGAAUGGUGAUCGCGGGGAGCUGAGCAUGAUUUUCCACUUUGAAUUCGUCGACAUCGACAUUGGCCCCCACGGCAAAUUCUCCGCCAAGGAAUGGGACCUCGCCGAGCUCAAGGGCAUCGCCAACAAGUGGCAGCGCUUCAUGUACGACCACGACGGCUGGAACGCGCUGUACCUCGAGAACCAUGACCAGCCGCGCUCCGUCAGCCGCUUCGCAAACGAUGCGCCGCAGCAUCGCGUCGACAGCGCGAAAGCCGUGGCCAUGUUUCAGGCCCUCCAGGCUGGUACCCCCUUUGUCUACCAGGGCCAGGAGAUUGGCAUGGUCAACGUGCCCAAAGAGUGGCCGAUGGAGGAGUACAAGGACAUUGACUGUCUGAACCACUGGAACUUGAACAAGGACUCCAAGGACAAGGAAUACCUCAAAUUCCUCAAGUCGCAAUACCAAAAGAAAUCCCGCGAUAACGCCCGCACACCAAUGCAGUGGACCGACGCCCCCAACGCAGGCUUCACCACGCCCCAGGCCACGCCGUGGAUGACAGUACACCCAAACCACACGGAAAUCAACGUCGCCUCGCAGGUCUCGGACCCCGGAUCCGUCUUUCACUUCUGGAAGACGGUCCUCGCAACGCGCAAGCGAUACCUCGACAUUUUCGUCUACGGUGACUUUGCGCUCGUUGACGAAAAGAACGAGCGGAUCCUGGCGUACGCGCGGCGGGCCGAGGACGGCGCUGUUGCGGUUGUCGCGUGUAACUUUUCGAGCGAGACGGUGAGCUGGGAAGGUCUGAAGGCGGAGAGUGUUAAGGAGGUGUUGGUCUCCAAUGGCGGCAAGACGGUGAAGGACUUCAGUGGUGGCAAGGUCUCGCUUGGGCCAUAUGAGGGAGCGGUGGUGCUUCUGGCCUAG